AUGGCGGCCAACCCAGGCGAGGAGAACAUCGCCACGCUCUACGGCGACAUUCACUACUUUUACGGCCCGCCGACGCAGAAACCGCCCCAUCACCGAUUCGACAAGGGAUCUUACGUUUACUUAUUCGAGAAUCCGAGCGAAAGAAGGGCGCGCGUCGAAAUUGCCAACAAUGCUGGAACCGAUGACCAGGAUGCUUUCGAAGGACAUCUGGAUAAGGCCCACCUACGAUACUCGUACAAACAACACACUCUAGUCUCGCUCACGGUCGGCGAAACGAACGACGCAAAUGAAUGGCAUCUCCCAACGUACGAUCCUAAAAACGAGAACAAAUACCACUACAAGCUUCACUCGCUAGACAUUUACUUUUGGACGCAGUCAGACGCCCUUCAGUUCGUCAACGGCAUCAGGCGUGUUCUCCCAGCCGCGCAGGUAGAGAUCCUCGACGAGCCGGCGCCAUCCGAGGCGAGCUCCGUCGUACAGCAGCUAGAAAAGGUGGCCCUCGAUGGAUCCGCACGGGGCAAUGCGGGAAAGCAGGUCGAGCAGGCGCCGGCAAACUUUGCGCCGAUGGCGUAUAACCCCGCUGCGCCAGCGGCCCCCGAAACCCUUACGCACCGCGAGAAGACGCCUCCUCCAGAUGACGGGGCCGUGAACCCCUUAGCUAUGGCCAUGGCGUACGAUAAUCACCAGCAGCCGUUCUCUCCAGGGUUGCCCCCGCCGCCGCCCGGCGGUCCCGGGCUGCCUGGUCCUCCCGGACUCCCGGGAGCGAGAGGAGGCCCACACCCUGGUCUGCAGCGAUCAGCCACGAUGCCCUUGCACGGCGGGUUGGGAUCUCCGGGACUCUCCAGCCCUUACGGCAACGCAUUCCCCGGUUCGCCUGGGUUUGCGCCGCCACCUCCGCCCCCGCCUGCAGGGCAUCGCCCGUACAACCCGGCCAGCGGUGCGUCCCAGGCGACAGCAGGACGACAGGAUUAUUCGGUUCACCAGCAAGUGUACAAGCCAGGUGAGGGGGAACAAGCGUCUAAGUACACGAGCAAAUCACGGCUUGAGGAGCAGACGGGGCGGUUGGAGCGGGGUGUUGGCGGUAUGCUGAAGAAGAUUGAGAAGAGGUUUGGAUAA